AUGAUGGGCACCUCCGGCACCGGCCACUUCCUCGCUCGGCGGGCUGCCGCGUACGCCGACGCCUUGGUGGCCGUACACCGGUCGUUUCCUGGCGGAGACGUAUUCGUCAACAUGGCCAGAGGCAGCUCCGGCCCCAAUUCCAGCAGCCCGGGCGGCCCACCGUUCCGAGCGGACGUUUCCGACCUCUACGGCGUCGCCUGUCCUCUGGAGCUGGAGACGGGCCCGGCCAAACCGGCCGACGCCAACGCCUCCGGCUCCCCCUGCGGCGCGACACCAAACACGGCCAUCGCCAUCCCACGAGGCGAGACGGACACCUGGCACCCGUGCUCCCGUGACGCGGCAAACCCCGCCCCCGACGGCCCAGGGAGUCCAGAACACGAAGCGGCACGAGCAAGGGUGAAGAAGAGACAGGCCCAGAACCGAGCAGCACAGCGCGCUUUCCGCCAACGCAAAGAGCGCAGGAUCAAGGACCUGGAGGACCGGGUGGCGGAGCUGGAAAGGACGACCAAGGAGACGGUGCUCGACAACAAGCGCCGGCGGCUGCGGCUGCGCGACUUGCUUGUGGAAAACCAGGUCCUGCGAGCGGCCCUGGCCGCGGACGCUCCCGCUUCUGCUCCCGCUCCUGGCCGGCGCUGCUCCGGCCGCGCAGUGCCCUCGUUGCGCUCGGAUCCGGCCAGCGCCGGCGGUCGGGUAGGUUGGCUUGAGAGCGACGCGGACCUCGGGGCCGGCGACGAGGCCAGGGGCAAGGAGAGGAGUGCGCGGGUCGGUCCUGCGCGCGGGCCGGGCGACGAGUCGACGGGGUGUCUUGCCUGGUCGGGCGUGUGUCGGCUUAUGCUGGCGGAGGACACUAUUGUCGGGCAGUUGAGGAGGCUGGAGAGCGCGACGGACGACCGUCUCCUCGGACAUGAAACUUGCGGGAGCGCCGAUCGCGCGAAUAGCCCGGGUUGUUGUUGA